AGACGAACGAACGGUAAUCUAUCAGAAGACUCUCAGCUGUGGUUUGUCUGUCGGAGUAGCUGGUUACCGUCGACAAGCUCAUCUCCAAUCCAUCUAGUGUGAUUUAGCUUUGUGUGUGGCUCUCUCGUUGUGAAAAUGGUCGUUGGGAAAGUUAUCGUUUAUGGAGGUCGAGGUGCCCUGGGUGCUAAUGUCGUGAAUUACUUUAAACUUCAUAAUUAUUGGGUAGGUGUAAUUGACCUGGCAAAUGUUGAUGAAGCAGACACAAGUAUUAUUGUCUCAAAAGAAGCAGACUGGUCAACACAGGCAGCCACAGUUAUGAAAGGUCUUGAAGAAGCACUUGGUGAUGAAAAGCUUGAUGCUAUCAUUAAUGUUGCUGGAGGCUGGGCUGGAGGAAAUGCUGCUCAUAAAGAUUUUUUGAAGAACUGUGAACUCAUGUGGUCACAAAGUGUCUGGUCAUCAACUAUUACAGCUCAGGCUGCUGCCAAAUUUCUGAAGGAAGGUGGAUUUGUCUCUCUUCCAGGAGCCCAGCCUGCUAUGAAGGGAACCCCUGGGAUGAUUGGAUAUGGCAUAGCAAAGGCAGCUGUUCAUCAGCUGACUAAAAGUCUGGGGGAAGAGAACUCAGGUUUACCAAGUGGUGCUACUGCUGUUGCUAUCCUCCCUAUAACGCUGGACACACCCAUGAACAGGAAAUGGAUGUCUGGAGCUGAUUUCUCAACAUGGACCUCUCUCGACUACAUUUCAGCGCUCCUUCUUAAAUGGACAAAAGGGAAUGAUCGACCAAAAUCUGGCUGUCUUAUUCAACUCAUUACAAAGGACAACAAGACUGAGCUUGUGAUGGAAUAAGUCCCAGUGUACUUCUCAUUUUAGUUUUUAAAAAUUUUUCAUAAUGACAGUAUUUUGUAUUGUUUUAUACCAGUACUUUAAAUUGUUACAAUUAUCAUUCAAUUCAGUAAAUAGUACAGUAUGUGUUGUUUGUGUUGUGAUAUUUCAAAGGUGAGAUUUCAAACCCAGAAUUAUUUUCAUACUUUUUUAACCUUUAAUUUAUAAGUUUUCAAGAUUAAUCAAUUGCUGAAAUAAAAAAGCUU